GCUACGGGCAACACGUGUUGCUGUUGAGACUUGAGAGAUAUUGUUUACAAGCUAGUGUUAGUGCCGAAACAGUGCGGGAAAUUUGUGUUCAUUUGUGAAUGAAGAUGUGCAAAUAAAAUAAAACAUACAAUUUUUGUUUAUUUUUGUGAAUUACGUGAAAAUAGUUGGAAUUUACUUUUGCUUACGAUUCACCAAAAAUGCAACAAAUCCAAGCAGAAACUGAAGAUGACAUAUUGAGAAAAUUAGAAGCAUUCGAUUGGAGUAAAAAGCCUACCGUAGUAAUCGAAGUGUUAUCGGAUGACGAUAAUCAAUGUAAUUCGUUGGUAGGAAAGGCAAACACCAAUCAUAAUCCAGAAAAGAAUUACAAUCAAAACACUUAUCAUAAUUCAGAAAACAAUUAUAAUCAAAACACUUAUCAUAAUCCAGAAAACAAUUAUAAUCAAAACACUUAUCAUAAUCAAGACACCAAUCGAAGUCGUGAAAACGGUAGAAAACACCAAGAAUCUAAUUCAGAAAGCAAUAAGCAACAACCUCCUCUUUUUCAAAUUACUAAUGUCGGUCAGCCGAAUAUUGCUACCAAUAUCCGAGGACCACAAAGAAAUGAAGAUCUACAGCAGUCGUUGAACACUAUAUCGUACAACUUAAUUUUAAUCGCAAGAAAAUAUGAUUCAUUGGCAUAUAGUAAUUUUUUAGAAUGUACAGAAUUCAAGAAAAACGUUUUUACGUUAUUAAAUAGUAUGGUGUCUAAUAUUAUUAUUCCUCGAAGUAAUGAUCUGAAAUUUGUAUAUGAUUUUCUUCGCCAUACAUUGAACCUUGGCUUGAGAAAUUACAACUACUACGCUUCAUAUAUUUGUCUGGAAAUAUUAUUCCAGGAGAUGAUCAAUUUUACGAAUUCACAACAAAACAAACGUAACGAAACAGAUAAGAACCAAAGCAAUCAUUCUAAUUUAGAUAUCUUAGAGAACAUGACAGUAUCCAGUUUUUUCAAUGCAUCAUCUACGAUAAGUAACAAAGAGACUAAUCAAAAAGCAAAACGAAGAAAAUCAAAUCUGGAGGCAGAAACGAAAGCGAAUAAAAGUAAUAACAGUCAAGUACAUGGCCGAGACGCUAUGAACCCACUACGUUCUACGAUGGAGGGUAGCUACAGUACUCAUUACAACAGCAGCGACCAGAGCAACAUCGGGCAACAGGCCAUGAGCCGCUGCCAGCCCCCGCCGUAUCCUUGUCUGAGUGAAGUUGCCAUGUCACCGGUCUCCCUCGAUAGCGGCGACGACACACGGCAACCAGGCUACACUACUCCAGGCUCCGAUGUUCCUCUAAGCCCCUCGAUAUCGUUCGUCACAUCCCUGAAUCCUGCGAGAAUGAAAGUCGCCGAUGGAUACUGCCGAAUAUGUAGUAGAAUAACAAACAGAAUAUGCCUCGGAUGCUCUAAGAUGAAUACAAUUACGUAUUACUGCAGCCAAAUGUGCCAGGAAAAAGAAUGGCCUAGUCACAUGUUCUACUGUUGGAGAUCCAUUUGAAUUCAAGACUGAAAAUAUUAUUGACAAGAAAAUUAUUGAUCGCUUAAAAAUUCUAAUUUAGUUUAAUAUAAUUUACAUAUCUAGUA